CAUCCGUUCUUCAGUUUCUUCCUGAAUUUUCGUGCGCGAAUACACAACACUUUACGGUAUCGCGUGUUUUCUGGUAGGGAAACUUAUGUUAUACUCGAAAAGAUCGGAGAAAAGUUUUCUGAAGUUAGAGCACAUUUUGUCAUUUACUAGCUGACUGAGGCCAUGUCAGCAGUGUGGAUCAGCUCCUCGCUACUGAGGUCCAGGGCAGCUCACCUCAGACAGCUCAGUGUGUUCUCUAGAAGGGCUGUGUUACAACCUCUACAGGUGGUCUCCUCACUACAGAAGACAUGGACACCUGGGAACCCAACCUGGCUCUGGUGCAGUAGAUCCCUCUAUGUGGACAGUCCCCCCAUGGUCCCAGGGCAGAGCUUCAGCUACGUCCAUGGGGCCUCCUCAGUGUCCCUGCUGGGCCAGACAGUGGGUCAGAGUCUUCAGGCUGCAGCCGACCGCUGGCCCCACAGAGAGGCCCUGGUCUUCCUGCAGGAUGGAGUCCGUAAGACCUUCUCCCAGUUUCAGGAGGACGUUGACCAGGCUGCUGCAGGUCUCCUGGCCCUGGGUCUGAAGAGAGGGGACAGACUAGGAGUCUGGGGGCCCAACACAUACCACUGGAUCCUGUUUCAGUUCGCCACAGCCAAGUCUGGCAUCAUACUGGUGUCAAUAAACCCAGCCUAUCAGCUGAAGGAGCUGGAGUACACCCUGAGGAAGGUGCAGUGUAAAGCAGUGGUGUGUCCCACCCAGUUUAAGACCCAGAGGUUCUGUGACAUGCUGAGACAGAUCUGCCCAGAGAUGGAAACAGCAGAGUCAGGGGUCUUUAGAAGCUCCAGACUACCAGACCUGUGUAUGGUGAUUGUGACAGACAGCAGACAGACAGGGACUGUACAUGUAGAGGAUGUGAUGCAGGCUGGAAGCAGAAAACACCACCAGGAGCUGCAGGACCUGCAGACCAAACUGUCCUUUGACGACCCAAUCAACAUACAGUUCACAUCCGGAACAACAGGAAGUCCUAAAGGUGCCACCCUCUCCCACCACAACAUUGUCAACAACGCCUAUUUUGUGGGUCUACGUCUGGGAUUCGACUGGAGGCCUAUAAGAGCGUGUGUUCCUGUACCCCUGUACCACUGCAUAGGCUCAGUGAUAGGAGGGAUGUGCAUGGCACUGCAUGGCAUCACCCUGGUCUUCCCCUCUGCUGGUUACGACAGCCGUGCCAACCUGGAGGCUAUUCAGAAUGAAAGGUGUAAUUUCCUCUACGGCACUCCUACCAUGUACAUUGACAUGCUUGGACAGCCUGACCUUCACAAGUAUGACCUGUCAUCAGUUGAAUCUGUUGGUGUCUCUGGUGCCGCUCUCAUUUUCAGUCGGUGUCUCUGGUGCCGCUCUCAUUUUCAGUCGGUGUCUCCGGUGCCGCUCUCAUUUUCAGUCGGUGUCUCUGGGUUUACGGGUGGGUCUCUUUGUCCUCCUGAAGUCAUGAGGAAACUCAAAACUGAUAUGAAUGUCAAGGAUAUGAUAAUAGGCUAUGGGACCACAGAAAACAGCCCUGCAGCAUUUGUUGGUUUCCCGCGAGACAACGAGGAACUGAAGACCGAGACAGUGGGAUGUAUCCUGAACCAUGCUGAGGCGAAGGUGGUGGAUGUGUCCUCUGGAGAGGUGGUUCCUCUGGGGGAUUCAGGAGAGCUGCUGAUCAGAGCUUACUCUGUUAUGCUGGAGUACUGGGACGACUCAGACAAGACCAAUGAGGCUAUCUCCAAAGACCGCUGGUACAGGACCGGUGACAUAGCCAGUCUGGACAGGUUUGGGUACUGCCGUAUAGUGGGACGUAUAAAGGACAUGAUCAUUCGUGGAGGAGAGAACAUCUACCCUGCUGAGAUAGAGCAGUUCCUUCACACCCAUCCCAAUGUACAGGAGGCCCAGGUGAUAGGCGUGAGAGAUGAGAGAAUGGGGGAACAGGUGUGUGCCUGUAUCAGACUGAAGGAGGGACAGGACUGUAGCAGAGAGGAGAUCAGAGACUUCUGCAGGGGACAGAUUUCUCACUUCAAGAUCCCCCACUAUGUGGUGUUUGUGGACAUCUUUCCACUGACUGGCUCUGGAAAGAUCCAGAAGAUCAAACUAAGGGAGGAGAUGGAGAAGAAGCUGGGUCUGUGAUGGACAGAGGGACCUAGACAGACUGUGUUGGUGUCCAGCUGGAGAGAGAUUGGUUACAAAGGGCAUGUGUCUGUUACAGUAAAAACAAAGUCUAAGCUCUGAUAUGUUACGGUUCAUGAGUGAUGUGCAACACAAAUAAACUCUUUCAGUACUUCUUUUUCAA